GUGUUAGAAAUCUCUCUCCUGCGCUGGUGUCCACCUCUCCGACCAGCCAUCGCUCCGAGGUAUGGUAUGUCAGCGAGCCGGGAGAAGACCUAGUUCCCCCGCUGUGGUCCACCCGCUGCCGCCGAGUGAAGCUGGAUCUGUACGUGUUGAGAUUGAACCUCUCAGCCCUUGCAUGGAGAUGACGGCCGGGACAACAGUGAGCUUUCUGCUGCUCUGUUAUGUCGGACUGACAACUGCAGCCGGCGAUCAGAACUGUGGUGGACUAGUGCAAAGCCCGAAUGGCACCAUAGAAAGCCCUGGAUUCCCUUAUGGUUACCCGAAUUAUGCAAACUGCACCUGGAUUAUCGUUACUGGGGAACGGAACCGGAUACAGCUUGUAUUCCAGAUCUUUGCCUUGGAAGAAGACUUUGAUCUCUUAUCCAUCUAUGACGGUCAACCACAGCAAGGCAAUUUGAAAAUGAGGGUGACCGGCUUUCAACUUCCAUCACCGAUCGUCAGCACAGGUUCAAUCCUCACCCUCUGGUUCACCACUGAUUUUGCAGUCAGCGCACAAGGAUUCAAGGCUGUUUACGAAGUGUUGCCAAGCCACACAUGUGGCAACCCAGGAGUAAUACCCAAAGGCGUUCUGCACGGCACCAGGUUCAACAUUGGGGAUAAAAUCCGUUACACCUGUGACACGGGCCACGUCCUCGAGGGUCACGCAGUAUUGACCUGUAUCGUCAGUCCUGGGAAUGGAGCGUCAUGGGACUUCCCACCACCUUUUUGCAGAGCUGAGGGAGCAUGUGGUGGGACGUUGCGAGGAACCAGUGGAGUGAUCUCAAGUCCACACUUCCCAUCAGAGUACAACAAUAAUGCUGACUGCACGUGGACCAUCCUGGCGGAACCUGGCGAUACCAUCGCACUCAUCUUCUCGGACUUCCAGCUGGAGGAUGGAUACGAUAUCCUGGAGAUUAGUGGGGCUGAAGCACUAACAAUAUGGUUGACUGGCUUCAAUCUGCCGUCUCCGGUCAUCAGCAACAAGAACUGGCUGCGGCUACAUUUCACCUCGGACAGCAACCAUCGGCGUAGAGGAUUUAACGCACAAUAUCAAGUGAAAAAGGCAAUUGAGCUGAAGUCUCGAGGAGUCAAGAUGCUUCCCAGCAAAGACAGCAACCACAAGAAUUCCGUCUUGAGUCAGGGAGGAGUUGCCCUAGAGUCUGGCAUGUGUCCCGAUCCAGGAGUUCCAGACAAUGGCAGAAGAACCGGCACUGACUUCAGGUUGGGAGCCAGUUUGCAGUUCUCGUGUGAUGAUGGCUACGUGCUGCAGGGGUCCAAAAGCAUUACUUGUCAGAAAGUGACAGACACGUUAGCUGCUUGGAAUGACCACAGACCAGUCUGCCGGGCAAGAACAUGUGGCUCCAAUCUCCGUGGUCCGAGUGGUGUCAUCACGUCCCCCAAUUACCCUGUCCAGUACGAGAAUAAUGCACACUGCAUCUGGGUUAUCAGUACCACGGACCCCGAUAAGAUCAUCAAGCUUAAGUUUGAAGAAUUUGACCUGGAAAGAGGUUAUGACACUUUGACAGUGGGAGAUGGAGGGAAAGUUGGAGACGCCAGGACAGUGUUGUACGCACUUACAGGCUCGAGUGUCCCUGACUUGAUUGUAAGCAUGAGCAAUCAGAUGUGGCUCCACUUACAGUCUGAUGACAUUGGAUCGCUUGGAUUUAAGGCUGUCUAUCAAGAGAUCGGAAAGGGGAGCUGCGGUGACCCCGGUGUUCCAGCUUAUGGCAAAAGAAGUGGGAACAGCUUUCUGCAUGGAGACACGUUGACGUUUGAAUGUCAGUCAGCCUUUGAACUGGUGGGAGAGCGGACAAUUACCUGCCAACAAAACAAUCAGUGGUCUGGCAACAAACCCAGCUGUGUGUUCUCCUGCUUCUUCAACUUUACCGUACCGUCUGGUGUCGUGUUGUCGCCAAACUACCCGGAGGAGUACAGCAACAACAUGAACUGCGUGUGGCUGAUCAUUGCGGAACCAGCCAGCAGGAUCCACCUGAUUUUUAACGAUUUUGACGUUGAGCCCCAGUUCGAUUACCUCACGAUAAAGGAUGACGGGACUGCAGACUCCACCGUCCUUGGGACCUUCUCGGGCAACGACGUCCCGUCCCAACUGGCCAGCAAUGGGCACAUCACCCGCCUGGAGUUCCAGUCUGAUCAUUCCACCACUGGCCGAGGCUUCAACAUCACCUACACAACUUUUGGACAGAAUGAAUGUCACGAUCCCGGUAUUCCAGUCAAUGGAAGACGCUUUGGUGAUAUCUUCCUAUUGGGAAGUUCUGUGUCUUUCCACUGUGAUGAAGGCUUCAUCAAAACUCAAGGAUCUGAGACGAUAACCUGUAUUAUGCAGGAGGGGAAUGUUAUCUGGAACUCUGCAGUGCCGCGAUGUGAAGCGCCUUGUGGUGGCCAUUUGACAGCACCCAGUGGUAUAAUACUAUCCCCAGGAUGGCCCGGAUAUUACAAGGACUCACUGAACUGUGAAUGGGUGAUUGAAGCAGAACAAAGGCAUUCCAUCAAAAUAACAUUUGACAGGUUUCAGACUGAAGUUAAUUACGACACAUUAGAAAUCCGGGAUGGGCCUGUUAAUUCAUCACCCUUAAUUGGAGAAUAUCACGGGACGCAAGCCCCUCAGUUUCUCAUCAGUACUGGCAACUUCAUGUACCUUCUGCUGACGACUGACAACAGCCGUUCCAGUGUUGGUUUCCAGAUCCGCUACGAAAGCGUCACCUUGGAAUUAGAUUCUUGCUUAGACCCGGGAAUCCCUGUAAAUGGGCGCCGACACGGAAAUAACUUCUCCAUUGGAUCGACUGUGACCUUCAGCUGUUUCCCAGGUUACACUUUAAGUGAUGACAAACCCCUCAUUUGCGAAGAUAACCGCCAAUGGAACCACGCCUUGCCGAGCUGUGAAGCUUUUUGUGGUGGCUACAUCCAUGGUACAAGUGGGACCAUUCUGUCACCUGGAUUUCCUGAUUUCUAUCCUAAUUCCUUAAAUUGUACCUGGAUAAUUGAAGUGUCACAUGGAAAAGGUGUGCAGUUGGUGUUUCAUACAUUUCACCUGGAGAGCUCGCAUGACUAUCUAAUCAUCACGGAAGAUGAGAGCUUCACCGAACCUGUAACAAGACUCACCGGCUCUGCUUUGCCUCCAACUAUUAAUGCGGGUCUCUUUGGAAAUUACACUGCGCAAUUGCGCUUCAUCUCUGAUUUCUCUGUGUCUUAUGAAGGGUUCAACAUCACGUUCUCAGAGUAUGAACUGGAGCCCUGUGAUGAUCCUGGUGUUCCUGCUUUCAGUCGGAGAAUUGGGUUUCAGUUUGAAGUUGGAGACUCGUUGACGUUUUCCUGUUUUCCGGGAUAUAGACUGGAAGGUGCUUCUCAGAUCACCUGUUACGGAGGAGGAAGGCGUGUGUGGAGUGCACCUCUUCCAAGGUGUGUGGCUGAAUGCGGAGCCUCUGUAACUGCUUUGGAAGGCACGUUGCUGUCACCAAAUUACCCAGCCAACUACGAGAACAAUCAUGAAUGCAUCUACCGAAUUGAGACACAGCCAGGGAAAGGAAUCAGCCUUCGUGCUAGGACAUUUAAUCUUCAAGAGGGUGAUCUUGUCAAGGUGUAUGAUGGAAAAGAUAACUCCUUUCGUUGUCUUGGGGUUUUUACCAAAUCCGAAUUGCUCGGAGUUACCUUAAACAGCACGUCAAACCAUAUGUGGUUAGAAUUUAACACAAAUGGAACAGGGACUGACCAGGGAUUCGAUCUCACGUACACCAGCUUUGAGCUGAUGAAAUGCGAGGAUCCAGGAAUUCCAAACUACGGCUACAAGUUGCGAGAUGGAGGGCACUUUGCGGAUACUGCGAUCUUGUACAGCUGUAACCCCGGGUAUACGUUGCAUGGGCGCAAUACCUUAAUCUGUCUCAGCGGAGAUCGCAGAGUCUGGGACAGCCCAUUGCCUUCAUGCAUAGCUGAGUGUGGAGGCCACCUUAAGAGUGCAACAGCUGGCAGGAUCCUGUCUCCUGGGUACCCAGCUCCGUAUGAUCACAACGUCCACUGCACUUGGAUUAUAGCAGCGGAUCCAGGGAAAACAGUCAGCCUUCAUUUUAUUGUCUUUGACACGGAGGCAUCGCACGACAUCCUGAGGGUGUGGGAUGGGCCAGUGGAGAGUGACAUCCUGCUCAAGGAGUGGAGUGGUUCCUCACUGCCCGAUGACAUCCACAGCACAUUUAAUUCCAUAACACUCCAGUUUGACAGUGACUUUUUCAUCAGCAAGACAGGAUUCUCCAUUCAAUUCUCAACUUCAACGGCAUCGACUUGCAAUGAUCCUGGAGUUCCUCAGAAUGGAACAAGGAGUGGAGACAGCAGAGAGCCUGGGGAUACUGUGAAUUUCCAGUGCGAUCCAGGUUAUCAGCUACAAGGAACUGCUAAAAUCAUGUGCGUGCAGCUGGACAACAGAUUUUUCUGGCAACCUGACCCGCCAACGUGCACAGCUGCCUGUGGAGGAAAUGUGACGGGUCCCGCAGGUGUCAUUUUAUCGCCCAACUACCCUCAGCCUUAUCCUCACGGGAAAGAAUGUGACUGGAGAAUUAAAGUCAAUCCAGACUACGUCAUAGCACUCAUCUUUAAAAGUUUCCAUAUGGAGCCCAGCUAUGAUUUCCUUCAUAUCUAUGAAGGGGAGGAUUCCAACAGUCCCUUAAUUGGCAGCUUUCAAGGAUCACAGUCACCUGAGAGGAUAGAAAGUAGCGGCGACAGUCUUUUCCUGGCGUUUCGUAGUGAUGCUUCUGUCAGCAUGACUGGAUUUGCCAUCGAAUACAAAGAGAAACCACGGGAAGCUUGCUUUGACCCCGGGAACAUAAUGAACGGCACACGGAUUGGCCUGGAUUUCAAACUCGGCUCCACUGUGACGUAUCGUUGUGACGAUGGCUAUAAAUUGGCAAACUUGGCUACGAUCAUGUGCGUCAUUGGGAAUGAAGGGAAACCAGUCUGGAACAGGGCUCUUCCUUCUUGCAAAGCUCUGUGUGGAGGACAGCACACCGGGUCUCAAGGAGUGGUUCUUUCACCUAAUUAUCCUCGCAAUUACUCAAGCGAUCAGACCUGUUUGUACUCCAUUACCGUGCCGAAGGAAUUUGUGGUUUUUGGACAGUUUGCAUAUUUUCAGACAGCACUGAACGAUGUGGUGGAGCUGUUCGAUGGACACAGUCAGCAAGCCAGGCUUCUUGGUUCUCUUUCAGGGUCACACUCUGGAGAAACCUUGCCUCUGGCAACAUCAAACCAAAUUUUGCUCAGAUUCAGUGCGAAGAGUAGAGUGUCAUCAAAAGGCUUUCACUUUGUUUAUCAAGCUGUUCCCCGCACCAGUGCCACUCAGUGCAGCUCUGUCCCUGAGCCCAGAUAUGGACGGAGAAUAGGCUCAGAGUUUUCUGCAGGUUCCAUUAUCCGUUUCGAAUGCAACCCCGGAUAUCACCUCCAGGGCUCCAAGGCUAUUCGAUGUCAGGCUGUGCUUAAUGGGUUAGCGCAGUGGAAUGAUACAAUACCAAGCUGUGCAGUACCCUGUCAAGGGAAUCUGACAGAGCGCAGAGGCACCAUUCUCUCACCAGGCUAUCCAGAGCCGUAUGGUAACAGCUUGAACUGUGUGUGGAAGAUAACGGUAACCGAGGGAGCGGGUAUACAGAUUCAAGUGAUAAGCUUUGCCACAGAACACAACUGGGACUCCUUAGAAAUAUACGAUGGUGGUGACGCCACAGCACCGAGACUUGGGAGCUUCUCAGGUACCACCGUCCCUGCACUAUUGAAAAGCACCUCCAAUCAACUCUACCUGCACUUCCAUUCUGAUAUCAGUGUGGCAGCAGCUGGUUAUCACUUGGAAUACAAAACUGUCGGCCUUACAACAUGCCCUGAUCCGGUGGUUCCAAGCAAUGGUGUCAAGUUUGGUGACAGAUAUUUGGUCAAUGAUGUGGUGUCCUUCAGCUGUGAGGCUGGCUACACGCUGCAGGGACAAGCCCACGUUUCUUGCAUGCCUGGGACUAUACGACGUUGGAACUAUCCACCCCCAAUUUGCAUCGCUAAAUGUGGAGGGGUCCUGACUGAGCUAAAGGAUGUCAUUCUGAGCCCUGGAUUUCCUGGAAGUUACCCAAGCAACUUGGAUUGUUUGUGGAAGAUGUUAUUGCCCAUUGGAUAUGGUGCCGAGAUUCAGUUUCUGAAUUUUUCAACUGAAGCCAAUCACGAUUUCUUGGAGAUUCGAAAUGGACCAGGUUACACCAGCUCUUUAAUCGGACAGUUCAGUGGAGCAGAUCUCCCACCCGCUGUGCUCAGCACGACUCAUGACACGAUCAUCCGCUUCUACAGCGACCACUCAGAAAAUAAACAUGGGUUCAAGCUUGUCUACCAAGCGUAUGAACUUCAAAGCUGUCCUGAUCCUACACCAUUUCAAAAUGGCUUUGUCAUCAAUUCUGGUUAUAGUGUUGGACAGUCUAUAUCAUUUGAAUGUUACCCUGGGUACGUGCUGAUUGGACAACGUGUUCUCACAUGCCAUCAUGGAAUCAAGAGGGAUUGGAACCAUCCAUUCCCUCGAUGCGAAGCUCCUUGUGGCCUUAACAUUACAUCUCGGAACGGUACCAUCUACUCUCCCGGGUUCCCAAAUGAGUACCCCAACUCAAAGGACUGUACCUGGCUUAUCACCGUGCCUUCAGGACAUGGGAUUUACAUCAACUUCACUCUGCUGCAGACAGAACCAGUCAAUGACUACAUUGCAGUGUGGGAUGGACCUGACCAGACUGAUACACAGUUAGGAGUCUUCAGUGGCAACACGGCCCUGGAAUCAGCUUACAGCUCCACUAAUCAGGUCCUUAUCAAGUUUCACAGCGACUUCUCUGGAGGAGGGUUCUUUGUCCUCAAUUUUCACGCCUAUUGGCUCAAGAAGUGUCAACCUCCCCCAGUUGUUCCUUUGGCCACCGUAUUGUCUGAGGAUGAAGACUAUGAAAUAGGUGAUGUUGUGAAGUACCAGUGUCCGCCUGGAUUUACACUGGUUGGCAGUGAACUCAUGGCUUGCAGACUAUUAACGCAGCUACAGUUUGAGGGAACGCCUCCAUCCUGUGAAGCACAAUGCCCUGUGAACGAAAUUCGUCGAAGCUCAUCAGGAGUAAUAUUAAGUCCAGGAUACCCGGAAAAUUAUCCCAACUUCCAAACUUGCUCCUGGACAAUCAGAGUGGAACCUCGGUACACUAUUUCUCUCUAUGUGGAGAUGUUUCAGAGCGAGAAACAGUUCGAUGAGCUGAGUAUAUUUGAUGGACCCACGGGUCAAAGUCGCCUGUUGAUCGUUCUCAGUGGGAAUCACACGGGGAAAAUGAAUUUUACCAGCACGGGAAGACAAGUGCAUUUACGUUGGUCAACUGAUCAUGCAACGAGCAAAAGAGGGUUCAAGAUCCGAUAUUCAGCUUCCUACUGCAGCUUGGACAGUGUCCCACUCAACGGCGGAGUCCUGAACAAAACAACGGGCACCCCCAACAGCCUGGUGCAGUUUUACUGUAAGGCAGGAUACAGGUUGGUUGGCCAGAGUAACGCCACCUGUCGAAGGUUUCCGAAUGGCUCCUAUCGUUGGGAUGCUGCAGUUCCGUUCUGUCAAGCCAUCAAAUGUGGUAUCCCGAGAACCCCUGGAAAUGGUUCGGUGUUCGGCAGGGACUACAGCAUGGGCAGUAAGAUCAACUACCGGUGCAAUGAGGGCUUCACACUGGAAUCUGGUCAUCAAACUACAGCUGUUUGCAGGGAAGAUGGAAAAUGGAGUAAUAACUGGAAGACCCCACAAUGUAAACUUAUCUCAUGUGGUGAUCUGCCCUCCCCACCGAAUGGCAAUAAGAUUGGAACACUGCAGACUUACGGAGCCACUGCAAUCUUCACAUGUAACGCUGGGUACACACUGGCUGGUUCUCACGUUCGAGAGUGUCAAGCAAAUGGACUGUGGAGUGGACUAGAGACCAGAUGCCUGGCUGGGCACUGUGGCUCACCAGAUCCCAUUGUAAAUGGCCAUAUCAGUGGAGAUGGUUUCAGCUACCGUGACACAGUUGUCUAUCAGUGCAAUCCAGGUUUCCGACUUGUUGGCUCUUCUGUGAGAAUUUGUCAGCAGGACCAUAAGUGGUCAGGACAGCCGGCAGUCUGUGUUCCCAUUACGUGUGGUCAUCCAGGCAACCCGAUUCAUGGCAAAACCAAUGGCAGCCAGUUCAAUCUCAAUGAUGUUGUUAACUUUACCUGCAAUAAAGGAUAUUCGUUGAAAGGCGCAUUGAGAGCUCAGUGCCGAGCAAGUGGUCAGUGGAGCAGCCCAUUGCCAACCUGUCAAGUGAUGAACUGUACAGAUCCUGGACAUGUGGAGAAUGCUGUUCGCCUGGGGCAGGAAGAUCACCUGCAGAGCUUCAAGUUUGGAAGCAGUGUGAUAUACCAGUGUAAAUGGAGCUUCUACCUUCUCGGCUCAGCUGUGCUUACCUGCCAAGCAAAUGGCUUGUGGGAUCGAUCUCGACCAAACUGUUCACCGAUUUCAUGUAAACACCCCGGAGUUCCAGUAAAUGGCCAGCUUUUCGGAGACAAGUUUGCCUUUGGGUCUGUAGUUCGUUACUCCUGUGGUGGAUCUCGAACUGUGAUUGGAAAUGACACCCGCGUUUGUCAAGAGGACGGUCACUGGAGUGGCUCUCUCCCACAUUGCUCAGGUGAUAGUGUUGGUUUGUGUGGUGAUCCUGGCAUCCCAGUUCAUGGUUCAAGAUUAGGUGAUGAGUUCAAGAUAAGGAGUCUUCUACGCUUUAAUUGUGAAGCUGGUUAUACUCUAAGGGGAUCUUCAGAACGAUCCUGUAAACUGGAUGGGUCCUGGUCAGGAGUUCAACCAGUGUGUGAAGCUGUGUCAUGUGGGAAUCCCGGCACGCCAGAAAAUGCGAAAAUAGUUUACAGCGACGGAAUUCUGUUCUCCAGCUCCAUUACCUAUGCCUGCUGGGAAGGUUAUAAAACAUCUGGGCUCACAACGCGGCACUGCACCGCUAACGGAACCUGGACUGGAUCAGCUCCUGACUGCACAGUUAUCGACUGUGGUGACCCAGGUGCGUUAGCUAAUGGUGUUCAUCUGGGAAAUGAUUUCACCUAUAAUAAGACAGUAACAUAUCAGUGCAAUCCAGGGUUUUGGAUGGAUACAGCUACAUCUUCUACAUUGCGCUGCAUGAAGGAUGGUUCUUGGAAUCAGACCAAACCAGUCUGUAAAGUUAUCACUUGUACACAACCACCCCGUGUGCUUCACGGGAGUGUGCAGGGAUCAGAUUUCAGAUGGGGCUCCAGCAUCAGCUACACUUGUUCUGAAGGAUAUCAACUUUCCUUGUCGGCUGUUCUGACCUGUGAAGGAAAUGGUAUUUGGAGAGGGGAAGUCCCACAAUGCUUACCUGUUUUCUGUGGUGACCCAGGGACACCAGUCGAGGGGAGAAUUGAAGGAAGAAGUUUCACCUACAAGUCUGAAGUAUCUUUCCACUGUCGAGCUCCAUUGCUGCUGGUUGGGUCAUCCAGAAGAGUUUGCCAAGCUGAUGGAUUUUGGAGUGGGACUCAACCAUCCUGCAUUGAUCCGACACACACAAUCUGUUCGGAUCCAGGCACUCCUCAUUUUGGAAUGCAAAACAGCUCACAAGGCUAUGAGGUGGGAAGCACGAUAUUUUUCAAAUGUCGAAAGGGAUACCACAUCCAAGGCUCCACAACACGAUCCUGCCUUGCCAACUUAACUUGGAGUGGUGUACAUCCUGAAUGCAUCCCCCACAGCUGCAGACAACCAGAAACCCCUGCCAACGUGGACGUGAGAGCCAUCGAGCUGCCAACGUUGGGAUACACCUUGAUUUAUACCUGUCAGCCAGGACUGUACCUGGCGGGUGGAUCAGAGCACCGAGCAUGCAAGAGUGAUGGGAAAUGGUCAGGGAAGCCACCGGUCUGUCGAGGUGAGCCUGCCUCUCUGAUGCCUUGUUCAGAUGAGCCAAUCUCCCUUUUAGUUCCUCCAGAUGUAUUCGCUCGCAACUCUGUUUGGAAGGGCUCCUACGAAUACCUUGGCAAGAAACAGCCAGCGACGUUAACGGUUAAUUACUUUAACAGAUCCAGUGGUCGGGUGAAUGUUACAUUCAUUGAACACAGCAGCAUGGAACUAAAGCUAUCAGGAAUUUACAAAAGGGAAGAGACCCGACUUUACUUAAAGGUGUAUCAGAUUAAAGGACCUAUUGAGAUCUUUGUAAGCAAGUUCAGAAAUGAUAACUGGGCUUUGGAUGGUCAUGUAUCAGCCGACCCUGAAGGAACCUUUGUCUAUCAGGGAUUUGUUCAAGGCAAAGACUUUCGACAGUUUGGCUUUCAGAGACAAGGACCACCAGGGGGUUCACUGGACAAAGACAAGUCUAAUUAUUACUAUGGUACAAACAGCAGUUCUGUAGCAGCUGCCAUCUUGGUUCCGUUCUUUGCUCUCAUCCUGGCAGGAUUUGCCUUUUACCUCUACAAACACAGAACAAGACCAAAAGUACAAUAUAAUGGCUACGUUGGCCAUGAAAACACAAAUGGACAGGCUUCUUUUGAAAAUCCCAUGUAUGAUACUAACUUAAAGCCCACCGAGGCAAAGGCUGUGAGGUUUGACACAACACUGAACACUGUGUGUACAGUGGUAUAGCCAUCACUUUGACUGCUGACUAACUGAUAUUAGCCAUACCUCUACCUGGCGAGCAGCAAG